GUCAGUGACAUCAAAGACGUAAUGCUGAACACACCAAAGGAGCAACUGAAGGCUACAUAUAAGAAGUAUUUGGCACAGGUUCCAGAACCACUGUGCAGCCAGUUUCCAGAGCGGCGGUCUAGAGACGAUGCCAUCAAGCGACACGAAGAGAGGAGUCAACUGAACACGCAGCUUUACCCAACGGAGCAAGAACAGAGCAACUUACAGACCCAACUAGAGGCAAGUAGCUCAACAGUGAACGUGAGGAAAACAAGAACCUGCAAGAAAUGCCAACAGCCGAUGAAAGGCCAUCCUCGAGGGGCUUGUCCCAGUACGAGUAACUAGGAGAAGUGGGUCAUCUUUGGAUGCCAGUGGUUGAGCGUCGAGUGGAAGCCCUCCAGACAGCUGGUUUGAGGUUCGGAAGAAAGCUUCUUGAUGUCAGCAAUUCUGUCCUUCUUUAGCAGAACAGCACACUGUGCAGUUCAGCUCUCAUGUUGGUAGCACUUGUCCACCUUAUAGGUUUGGUGCUGAAUCAUAGUGAAUGAGACCGUUUUUUUUACAACUUUCUAGUUGAAACAUUCUAUAUGGUAGCACUUGUCCACCUUAUAGGUUUGGUGCUGAAUAACACUGUUUUUUUUAUAACUUUAUAGCUGAAGCAUUCUAUUUCUAGUGUAAGUAGUAAGUGUAAGCACGAG